AUGAACAUAUUGUGUAUAUUAUCAUUGGCUAUGAGUGCUCUGAUGGUCAGCGCUCAGUCAAUUAGCCAGGAUGAAAUUGAGAUACAAUGGCAACAAUUUAAGCUCCAAUUCCGUAAUAACACUAAAUUUGAUGUCAAUUCUGUUGAAGAGGACAAACGGCGGCAGACUUUUGAGGCCAACUAUCGGCUGAUUGUUAAACACAACUCUGAGGCCAAUGCGGGCCAACACUCGUACCGAUUGGGUGUCAAUCAGUUCGCGGACAUGACUGCCGACGAAUACAAGCAAAUGGUCAACGGAUUUAGAGCCCACCCGCGACCGCCCGCCAAAUCAGUCAACACCCGUACCGCGCGGUCCGUUAAGGCCGACAAUUUACCCGCGAGUGUCGACUGGAGAGACAAAGGCAUUGUAGCGCCCGUUAAAAAUCAAGGGAAUUGCGGCUCGUGCUGGGCAUUCGCAGCGAUCGCCUCACUUGAGGGACAACUGGCCCGCAAAACGGGAAAACUGGUCACUCUAUCGGAAGAAAAUCUGGUCGAUUGCAGCGCAACACAGGGUAACAAUGGCUGCGGUGGGGGUCUUAUGGACUACGCGUACGAGUAUAUCAUAGCACAGGGAGGUGUGGACACAGAGGCCUCCUAUGGGUACAAACACCUAUACGACGGCCAAACAGUAUACCCGUGCGCUUACAACGCGGCCAAUAGGGCGGCGACCGUUAAAAACUACACUAACGUCCCGAUGGGUGACGAGGAGGCGCUCCGGGAGGCGGUGGCAACCAUAGGGCCCAUUGCGGUGGCCAUCGACGCCCAAUACCAGACUUUUCAGAUGUAUGAGUCGGGUGUUUAUGACGAGCCCCUGUGCUUUGAGAAAAUGGAAGACCUUGAUCAUGGUGUGACUGUUGUGGGCUAUGGCAGUGAUAAUGGUAGGGAUUACUGGUUGGUCCGCAACUCGUGGGACACCACAUGGGGUGACGCGGGUUAUAUCAAAAUGUACCGCAAUAAAAAUAACCAAUGUGGUAUUGCCUCGGCGGCCACAUAUCCUACCGGGGUUGAUUAUAAGUUGUAA